GGCAGCGGCCAUUUUGUGCUGUCGCUGUUCUCUCUCAGUCGCUGCUCCUCGUCUCCGCCGUCAGUCCGUCCGCUCACUCGCCGCCCGCUCGCCCUCCUCGCCUUCAACCAGCCAGACAGUCACCGCGCUGCAGCAGCAGGUUUUCGCUCUCCUCCAGUCUGCCCACUAAUAUCGCAUGUCCACUAUUCAGAACCUCCAAUCUUUUGACCCAUUUGCUGAUGCAACUAAGGGUGACGACCGGCUCCCGGCAGGGACUGAAGAGUACAUCCAUAUAAGAAUCCAACAGCGUAACGGCAGGAAGACACUGACCACAGUCCAGGGUAUCGCCGAUGAUUAUGAUAAGAAGAAGCUUGUGAAGGCCUUUAAAAAGAAGUUUGCCUGCAAUGGUACAGUGAUUGAACACCCGGAGUACGGCGAGGUCAUCCAGCUGCAGGGAGAUCAGCGGAAGAACAUCUGCCAGUUUCUGCUGGAGGUCGGUAUCGUGAAGGAGGAGCAGUUAAAAGUCCACGGCUUCUGAAGGAUGUGCUUCUCAGCUGAGGUUUCUUGUUGUGUGGCUGGUUCUCUUUACAUUUGUUAGCUAAUAUAUAUAUAGAUAUACACUCACACGUACACACACAUAUACUAUGGAGCAAUGAAUUCUUGCAGUAAAUGGACUUCCCAUGUGAUUGGAUCUUCAGAGUAUAACCACGAUAUGCAUGACAGAGAAAGUACGCUAUUGAGACCGGGAACUCAUCAGAAGACCACUAUAAGAUGGUAACAAAAUGGCAGACAUGUAUAUUUAGCACAUUUCCAAUGGAAAUGUUUAGUGCUAAUUGUUCUACUUAAAUUUUCCUGAUUUUGAAGUUUUUGUUGUAUUAAAACCAUGUAUGUUGUAUAAGGCAAUUAACAAUAAACCAGCUAUGUAUUCUGAA